GAAAAGCAUAUUGAAGUUUAUAUACCACAACUUGUUGCAGUCUGAUGCUAAUAUAAUUCUCCUAUGUUUGAGUCUCCAACUGACAAGCAAGGAGGAACAAUGGGAGCCGGAGGGCGCAUGUCUGUCACGACGACGAAAGCUGAACAAAAGAAGAACCUCCUCCAGAGAGUCCCAUACUCGAAGCCUCCAUUCACACUUGGUGAUCUCAAGAAGGCCAUCCCACCCCACUGUUUCCAACGAUCGCUUCUCCACUCUUUUUCCUACGUUGUUUACGACCUCUUCCUAGUCCUCGUCUUCUACUACAUUGCUACAUCUUGCUUCCACCUCCUUCCCUACCCCUUGUCCUACCUUGCAUGGCCCAUCUACUGGAUUGUGCAAGGUUGCGUGUGCACCGGAGUCUGGGUCAUUGCCCAUGAGUGUGGUCACCACGCAUUUAGUGACUACCAAUGGGUCGACGACUUAGUUGGCCUCAUCCUCCACUCGGUCCUCUUGGUCCCCUAUUUCUCAUGGAAAUAUAGUCAUAAGCGCCACCACUCCAACACUGGGUCCCUUGAGCGUGAUGAGGUCUUUGUACCAAAGCCUAAAUCCAAAAUGGCAUGGUAUUCCAAAUACUUGAACAACCCACCAGGCCGGGUGAUUAGUCUCACAGUCACGCUUACUCUUGGGUGGCCCUUGUACUUGGCAUUCAAUGUUUCUGGCAGACCUUAUGAUCGUUUUGCAUGCCAUUAUGACCCCUAUGGCCCUAUAUACAAUGACCGCGAAAGGCUUCAGAUUUACAUCUCUGACACAGGUGUUAUUGCUGCCGCAUAUUUGCUUUACCGGGUGGCCGUGGCAAAGGGGCUAGUGUGGCUGGUGUGCGUUUAUGGGGUUCCACUGCUAAUCGUGAAUGGCUUCCUCGUCUUGAUCACAUAUUUGCAGCACACACACCCUUCACUCCCACACUAUGACUCUUCUGAAUGGGACUGGCUGAGGGGAGCUUUGGCAACUGUGGAUAGAGAUUAUGGUGUGCUGAACAAGGUGUUCCACAACAUCACUGAUACACACGUGACUCACCAUCUCUUCUCAACAAUGCCACAUUAUCAUGCAAUGGAGGCAACAAAGGCGAUUAAGCCAAUACUGGGAGAGUAUUACCAGUUUGAUGGCCUGCCGUUUUACAAGGCAAUGUGGAGGGAGGCAAGAGAGUGUAUCUAUGUUGAGCCAGAUGAGGGUACCCCCAAGAAAGGUGUGUUCUGGUACAAAAACAAGUUUUGAUAGCUCUAAUAAGGUGAUGAAUAUAGAGCUAGUGCCUUGUUCUUCUGCCUGUGAGGGACUUCCUGAAUGGAGAGCCCUUAAUAAAUACUUUGUAAUGAACCUCGGAUCUUAAUCAUGUUGUUGUCUUUAGAAACUCUAUAUGUUAUGUUUACUUGGAGAAGAAUGAGUCUAAUGUGUGCUUUUGAAAAUUUGAUUUUGAUUGUCAAGUUUGAUAUUCACAAAUUUUGGGGAUUUCUUUCGACAGUGGUG